AUGGACUUGGCAUUUUUCCCACGGCUUGUUCCGCAAUCUCCAAAAGGCUCUGGACUCUGCAUCAAUGGCGCGUCCAACGCGCAAAUCGCCGCCACGCUUCCACCAGGCCUCGUCGCGGUCUUCGUCGGCGCAACGAACGGAAUCGGGGAGUAUCCUUUGAAAGAGUCCAGCCGACACGCGCAAAAGCUUCGUGUCUAUUUUGUCGGUCGCUCACAAGGCGCGGGAGACCACAUCGCGAAGGAAUGUCAAGAGUUGAGUCCCAGAGGCGAGUUCAUCUUCAUCAAAGCGGAUGUUAGCCUAUUGAAGACAGUCGAUGAAGUCUGUCGUGAGAUCUACAGCAAAGAAAAGACCAUAAACCUUCUGUUUUUGACAUGUGGGCCGGCUCUUGCUUAUGCUGUACUGGCCAUGGAUACAAGAGAAGGUCUCCAAAUCUUCAUGGCACUGCCAUAUUAUGCUCAUGCCCGCUUCAUCGUCAAGCUGCUACCGUUCAUCCGCCUGGCUAAGAAUCUCCGGCGAGUAGUGACAGUGUUCGCAGCGGGCAACGAAGGCCCAAUCUUGAAAGAUGACUUCCAGUCCCGCAAAAUACCAUUUGGGAAUGUGCGCGGACACAAUGUCUCCAUGACAGACUUUAUGCUUGUGCACAUCGCGCAAGGUGCCGCUAAAGUCGGCUUCGUGCAUGACUACCGGGGCCCUGUUAAGUCUGGAUCUGAAAGGGAGACAGUCUUACCAGUAUUCUGA